CUUUUCUUUCUCACGACUUGGUUCAUCCCUGCCCAAAGAACGCUUUCUGCAUACCUACCGCUAGCAUAGCAGUGGAGCUCUGGAUUAUUUUAUGCUUAUUCUGGGAGUGGUGAAAAGCAAAUCGUUAUCGUUCAGCUUCUCGCGGUAGAGCAUUCCCUUCUUUUUACGUGACAGCAAGAAUUGGACUGAGCCUCCUCUGCUUCGCAGGAAGCUUAAACAUAAAAACUUCAUAAGGCAUUGUUGCUAUACAGCAGUAUAUCAAGGGGCGCCUUAAAAAUGUGUUGGUGAUCUGUUGAGCCCGCUGAAGACGGUUAACAAGGUGUCCCAAGAAACUUCAAGAAAAGAACAAGCGUGUCUGGCAUCGUAUUAUAUUGAGAUGGACAUUCAGGGUCUUCCAUCCAACUUGUUGGAAGGAACCCCUGGAAGAAAUAAGCGGCGGCGAACCCAUGACCCUCCUAUGCGCGAUAGCAUAAUAGGGCCAACGAAGAAAUCGCGCCAAUUGGAAAGUCCGAGUGACAUUAGCCAUUCGCCCGAAACUGAAGCUGCCCUUCAGCAGCUGGUUGAGGCCGCGCAGAAUGCGAAAGAUAGCCGCAGUGGCCGUGAUCAACCUCCAGCUACGACUUUUCUCCUCGAUUCUGACAUUGCAGCUCUACCGGACACACCUGAUGAACUAGGGAAUCUUUCGGAAGGAGAGGAGGAGUCAGCCGUUUCAGGACAACCAUUGGGCGUACUGCCGCCGCCAUCAUCCAUGGCUUCCUUUGUACAGUCGUCUUUGCACUGGGUAUAUAAUAUUUCGACGCCCGAAAACUUUGACAGCAAUGGACAGCCAAGAAAUCGACGCAAGCGGCGUCGCACAACUGAUGAAGAGCAGGCUGCCUUGGAAGCCGCGUAUCGGCUCGAUCCACAGAUGCCGCCAGCAGAGCGGGAGAAACUCGCAAGAACUUUGAAUAUGCCGUCAAAGAGUGUGCAAAUAUGGUUCCAAAAUCGUCGACAGACAGCUAAGAAGAACCGGGACGGUACAUGGAACGGAAUUGGGAAAUGGCAGAGGACACCAUAUAAAGUCGUUGGUAAUUACAAAGUUGUUGGUCCCGAACACGUGGCAACUCCGACAACCACCAAGAGCAGCGAUCCCAUCGACCAUGCCGGAGUGGUUGAUGCUGUUCACGCCCUUAUUGGUUUGUCCCAAGGAAGCUCACAAGAGGAACCAAAAUCGGCGUCCUCCGAUUCUGACGAAUCUUCCAAGAGCCCUGGUAUGGAAGAUGAUAACCUACCCGAUGAUACCGAGAGCGCCGAAGGAAAUGAAGAUGCACAGACUACCGAAAAUUUGAAAGAAGAACCUCAACGGGAGACUACCCCGGAUGCCAAAGCAUCAUCACAAAGCCCACCGCUCUUAACCAGUGACCCAACACCACACACUCCAAAACAACCUACGAAACCCUUCGCUGAACCCGCAUCGAUAUCCCAGAGUCUAUGCAAUCCUCCCGAUGUAAUAGUUACCCAGCGCCACAAACCACACGAGCACGUACCGGACCCGGAAGCUGUGACUCUUGGCCAUGAAAUCGACUUGAUGGAUCUCCCAACACGAUUAACGUCGUCUACCAGUCAGAUUGACUUGCUGGAGCUUCCACUUCCAGCUCGAUUGACUUCUUCAGCUAGUCAAAUGCUGUCCUCCAGUCAAGCAUCAGAAUUUUUCAAUUUUUCGGGAUAUGCUGCUGAUAUUGAGGCGGAGAUGAUGGCGAGCAAUGUGGACGGGGCUGGCGAAUAAGGGGCCAAUUGCUACUAGAAUAAAAACUUUUGGCAGCGGACUCAGCAGACUCCUGGAAUAGAGGCCACAGAUGCGUUAUACCCUUCGUCAGAUCAGUUCAUGUGCAUCAGUAUCUGUAUAAUCUAUUCACGAUUUGAAGGUAAACCAUAAACUAA